AUGUCUGAAAAAAUUGGUGGUGCAGAGGGAACGAAGCUGGACGAGGAUUACAUUCAUUGUGAAAAGCAAAUCGACAUCAUGUCGAAGCUUUUCUCGGAAAUAAUUAUUAAAACACAAGAAUAUUUGCAGCCCAACCCUACAACUCGUGCCAAGCUAGCCACCCUUAAUACAUUUAACAAAAUUCAAGGCAAGGGUGUCGCCCCACCGUACCCCCAACCUGAGGGUCAGCUUGGAGAAUGCAUGUUAAAGUAUGGGAAUGAAUUGGGCCCGGACUCUCUUUAUGGCGAAUGUCUUGUUCAAGCCGGAAAUUCCUUCAAGAGCAUGGAAGAUAUUAAAUAUAAUAUGGAAGACCAAGUUAAGGGAGCAUUCAUCGAACCCAUCCGUGGCAUACAGGGAUUUGAAUUAAAAGAAAUCAAUUUUCAUCGUAAAAAGUUGGAGGGUCGUCGCCUAGAUUUCGAUUGCAAGAAACGGAGGAGGGAAAACAAUCCGCAGGCUGUCAAGGCCCUCGAAGAUGAGGUUAACGUCGCGGAAAAAAAGUUCCAGGAGUCGAAGGUUCUCGCCGAAACUGCUAUGGUCAACUUCCUGGCUUCUGAUUUUGAACACAUCAGCGCUCUCGCCGAGUUCGUGGACGCGCAAGCCAACUACUACCGCCAGGCAUCAGAGAUUAUGGAAAAUUUGCGCAAAACUCUUCUUGAAAAGAAAGACGAGGCCAAGGCACGAGGCAGACAAACGCACAUCCCGAAGCCAGUGCAGAUCACCAGAACUCUCAGCGGUGACAUGAACGCCAAAAACGGACUCAACUCGCCCCAGCCUCAGAGCAAGUCGCCCGUUGGAGAUCUUGCUGCCCAAAUCCUGUUUUUUGGAGAAAUCAAUGAAAUAAUGCCAGUUUUUGCCUUCAUGACAUUGUUCUUCGAUCCACACAAAUUGGAACUCCUGCUCAAACGACAGUACUCCAAUGCAUCUGGCUCCGAAAUGCCGCUCGUGUCGGUUUUCCAAUGCUUCAACGUUGAACACCAAGUUCUCUGUGGUGGUAAAUUGGCAGGGUUCGAUUCUACUUCGAAUCACGAUCCGAGCGUUCGCCUCUAUCACGUUUCUGAACCCCUGAUACCGCCGGAAUGA